GUGUUGAUGUGUCUUGGCGCUCGAGCGCCCGGCGUCCGGGCGAGGGGGUCGCCGUCGGUCGCGGCGACGCUCACGGCUCGGUCGUGUCUCCACCUUCCUCCUGGCCCGCGGCGCCGGAUAUCUUUUCCCGAUAGAAUUCGAGCUUUGCUAUCGUUGGAUCGACCAAUGUGGCGCGGAUCUCACGAAUUGCCCCGCUCAACGUCUUCGGACGCUCGCUCAACGGUGGCGUGCGGCGACCGCGCCGACGCCGCUUUGGAUUUUUCACGGCGUGAACGAGAUGUUCCUUUGCACCGCUUCGCUCGCUCAUCGCACGAUCCACCUCGAGGGGUGUGGACUCCGUUAAGACCUCUUCGCCUUUAA